AUGGACGCUGAGUGGCAGUAUAACCUGCUCGACGAGGAUAUGCCGUUAUCUACGGACCUGGAUGAUCCUUUUGGGUCUAUACCUCCCGAGAUGGACCUCUCCCUCUUUGACUCAUACCAAUCAGCAAACGACACGGCAUUGGCCAUGGGAGAUCCAUCAUUAGGUCUCGCUAUAGCAUGCGACGAGUACCUACCUGAUGGAGAAUACACUGACUUUCUAGCCGACGUGCCGAGCCGAACAGAUAACAGUUCUUUCCCAAACACAGACUGUCUGACUACGUUUGAUGAGCUUAUUGUGUCUGAUGUGCUUGGUUUGUCACAAAAUAGCAUGGAUCAUGUAACAUUUGCAAGUGGUUCAUCACUAUCACCUGACUUCGAGAGCACUAUCAUUUCCCCUUGCAUCACACGAUUCCCCCCCCUAUGGCACUCGCCAGAGCUGAAUUACAUGCGGAACAAUAUAUCUUCUUCCAGUUCUGCCCAUCAAGAUUCACCUUUAUCUUCUGGAACAAUUUCAACAUCUUCUCCAUCAAAAUCUAUAAACGAAUUCUCACUAGUGCAAAAUGGAAAAGCUACUAGGGGGAAGAAGUCACCGCUUCGAGCUCUGAGGUAUAUUUUAGAAGCCAUCCUAGGAACAUUUGCUAACCUGAUUUUACUUCAGUCGCGAUCUUCGUCACCUUUUGAGGCCCGAAGUGUGCUAUUUGUGUCUCAAGGGACAUCCAUACAAACGAGAGUUGAGAGAGCAUAUAAAGGUUCACCAUCCGGUAGCAGCUUCCAGUUUGGGAAUCGAUAUGGCUCGUCCAGUAUGCAACGCCUGUGGAAAGACGUUUUCUCGCCCCUGCAACUUGAAAAGGCAUAUGGAUACUAG